GCGGGGAAUCACGUGUAGCCGUCUCUUUAAAAGGCCUGGAAGGCUUUCAAUGAAAGUCACUGACUCAUCGAUAAUACGUCCAGAGUUUUAGCCCUUUUGAGUUCUACUUCCCUUUCAAUCUCUUUGGAAAACUCAUUCUCUUUUUUGCACAUACCAUGCUCUCAUUAGGAAUGUUGCGUUCUACUGCCAGCAAGUUGGCUCCUGCUGCUCACAAACUCUCUGCCCCUGCCGUCUUCAACCAGACCAGGAACUUUGUUAAAUACAACUGGGUCGAUCCUCUUAAUCUCGAAUCCCAACUGACGGACGAGGAAAUUGCUGUUAGAGACACCGCACGCGAAUACUGUCAAGAAAAACUUCAGCCUCGUGUUAUUGAUGCGUAUCGCAACGAAGUCUUUGACAGAAAUAUCAUGUAUGAAUUGGGUGAGCUGGGUCUUUUGGGCUCCACCAUUAAGGAUUAUGGCUGCGCUGGCGUUUCCUCUGUUGCCUAUGGUUUGACCGCUCGUGAAGUUGAAAGAGUUGAUUCAGGCUACAGAUCGGCCAUGUCGGUCCAGUCUUCUCUCGUUAUGCACCCCAUCAAUGCUUAUGGCUCCGACGAACAGAAGGAGAAAUACUUGCCCAAGCUCGCCCGUGGUGAACUUGUUGGUUGCUUUGGUCUCACUGAACCUAACCACGGUUCUGAUCCAGCUGGUAUGGAAACCGUCGCCAAGAAGGUCAAUGGCCACUAUGUUAUCAGUGGUAGCAAGACUUGGAUCACCAACUCUCCCAUUGCCGAUGUCUUUGUUGUAUGGGCCAGAAACCUUGACGAAGAUGGUGCUAUCCGUGGUUUCAUUUUGGAGAAGGGCAUGAAGGGUCUUGAGGCUCCCGCUAUCAAGGGUAAGUUCUCUCUGAGAGCUUCCAUCACUGGUAUGAUCAUGAUGGAUGAUGUUGAGGUACCUGUUGAGAACAUGCUUCCCAACGUCAAGGGUCUCAAGGGUCCAUUCGGAUGCUUGAACAAUGCUCGAUACGGUAUUGCUUGGGGUGCCUUGGGUGCUGCAGAAUUCUGCUUGGACCAAGCUCGUGAAUAUACCUUGAACCGCAAGCAGUUCCACCGCCCAUUGGCUGCCAACCAACUUAUUCAAAAGAAGAUGGCCGAUGCACAUACUGAGAUUGCUCUUGGUCUUCAAGCUUGUAUUCAAGUCGGUCGUCUGAAGGAUAGCGACCAACUUGCUCCUGAAAUGAUCUCCAUGAUUAAGCGCAACUCUUGCGGAAAGGCUAUCAACAUCGCCCGUGAAUGCAGAGACAUGCUUGGUGGAAACGGUAUCUCUGACGAAUACCACAUCAUUCGUCAUUCCGCUAACCUUGAGGCUGUCAAUACCUAUGAAGGUACCCACGACAUCCACGCCCUCAUUCUCGGCAAGGCCAUCACUGGUAUCCCUGCUUUUGCCAACUAGAUAGUACAUAUGUAUAUCUCUAGUAUAUAGUGUUUUAUAGAUCUGUCAUUACCCACUCACUUUGUCAUACCUGCAGCAGAGUGUAACGUAUUUCGCAAACAAAUAUCGCAAAAAAAGACAUAUUAAAGUUAUUGUAUUGUGGUUUGUUAUCCCCCA